UCCGGCCGACGUGUCUCUCCGGAAGUGAGGCGGGUGAGAGGACCCCGAUAUGGCACCUCCGGUCCCCGGCCCGGCCUCAGGCGGCUCUGGAGAAGUGGACGAGUUGUUCGACGUGAAGAACGCCUUCUAUAUCGGCAGCUACCAGCAGUGUAUCAACGAGGCACAGCGGGUGAAGCUGACAAAUCCAGAGAGGGAUGUGGAAAGGGAUGUCUUCCUGUACAGAGCAUACCUUGCUCAGAGGAAGUAUGGCGUGGUCCUGGAUGAGAUCAAGCCCUCCUCAGCCCCUGAGCUCCAGGCCGUGCGCAUGUUUGCUGAAUACCUUGCCAGUGAGAGCAGCAGGGACUCUAUUGUGGCUGAGCUGGACCGGGAGAUGAGCAGGAGUGUGGACGUGACCAAUACCACCUUCCUGCUGAUGGCUGCCUCAGUGUACUUCCAUGACCAGAACCCAGAUGCAGCCCUGCGCACCCUGCACCAGGGGGACAGCCUGGAAUGCAUGGCCAUGACAGUACAGAUUCUGCUGAAGCUGGACCGCCUGGACCUUGCCCGGAAGGAGCUGAAGAGAAUGCAGGACCUGGAUGAGGAUGCCACCCUCACCCAGCUGGCUACUGCCUGGGUCAACCUGGCUGUGGGUGGCGAGAAGCUACAGGAUGCCUACUACAUCUUCCAGGAACUAGCAGACAAGUGCUCGUCCACCCUGCUUCUGCUCAAUGGACAGGCGGCCUGCCACAUGGCCCAGGGCCGGUGGGAGGCUGCCGAGGGCGUACUGCAGGAGGCACUGGACAAGGACAGUGGCCAUCCAGAGACACUGGUCAACCUCAUUGUCCUGUCACAACACCUGGGCAAGCCCCCUGAGGUGACCAAUCGCUACCUGUCACAGCUGAAGGAUGCCCACAGGUCUCACCCCUUCAUCAGGGAGUAUCAGGCCAAGGUGAGCAGAGGCCUGUCCUAGGCUCCCAGCCUAGCU